AUGAUUGCCUACGGCCUGCUCACUCUCAUUGUAUCCACAGCUGCCGUCGCGAGGGAGAUCGUCUUCCCUCCCAUCGCAGCAAUUCAAGGUUCCGGACAAGUUCCGCUCGGUGAAGAUGAUACCGUCGAUAUUGUUACGGGUAGUCAUUUCUCGGGGCUGACUACGUUCGGACACUUACCUUACGUAAAUUGCUUGGUGGAUGACCAGGCACAUUCCACGCCCUACGAUAUUGCAAUUUUAGGUGCCCCGUUCGACACUGGUGUUACCGCUCGCCCCGGAGCCAGAUUCGGGCCAGUUGGUAUUCGUCUCGGCUCUCGGCGAUUACAAGGAUGGAACAUCUAUACCGGAGUCAACGUCUUCGAAAGCUGGGCGAAAUUAGUGGAUUGUGGGGAUGCGCCACUAACCCGGUUGGAUAAUACAGUUGCGUUGAAGCAGCUUGAUUUAGCACAUAAGGUUAUCUCAUCACGUCCCACGAAUAGUACGGACCGGGGCCGUACACCUCGUAUUCUUACUCUGGGUGGAGACCACACAACGACCCUGUCGGCACUGAGGUCGACGUAUGACAAGUGGGGUCCUGUUUCGGUUAUUCAUUUUGAUAGCCAUCUCGAUACCUGGGAUCCUAAAGUACUAGGUAAGGUUAUGUUCAAACCCCCGAUAUCCGGUGUAAACCACGGAACCUUCCUACACAUAGCCCAUGAAGAGGGCCUUAUCCGCAACACAUCAUUGCACGUCGGCAUCCGUGCCCCUGUUAUCCGCCCAAAAGGCGAUAUCCGAAAUGAUAUCCGAUGUGGAUUCGAAAUCAUCAAGGCUCGUGACUUAGACCGGGUCGGGAUUAAUGGUAUCGUCGACCAGAUCAAGGCUCGAGUUGGCGAUAGCAAGGUGUAUAUUUCUGUGGACAUUGAUGUGUUGGACCCAGCCUACGCACCUGCAACGGGAACUGCGGAGCCAGGUGGUUUUACCACCCGCGAGCUUCUUUCUAUCUUGGAUGCUCUACAUGGAUUGCCGGUGAUAGGCGCCGACGUUGUCGAGGUUGCGCCUAUAUACGAUACAACGGCCGAGACCACGACUUUGGCUGCUGCUGAGGUGGCUCAUUCGUUGCUCUAUUUGAUGGUGGAAACACCAGUAAAUGAUAACUAG